AUGGUCGAAAAAUGCCGUGUCACAUUGAAACUUCGCGAGGAGGCGGUUCGUAAAGCCCGAGAAAAUUCGCUACGAAGCGAAUCCGUCACAAUCUCGCCCUCAAUGAGCACGGAUCCCAUGAAACGACGUCGUGAAAUGGAAAAGAAGAAACGAAUCGAAGAAGAGGCCAUCAUCAAGAAAGCUGAAGCCGAAAAGCAACUCGCUAUCAGCUCUGCCGAACUGAGACGGAAACGGAAGGAACUGGAAAACGCAAAGGUUUUAGUUCCUAUUUUUCGUACUUCUGCCACUUCUGCCCUCCUUUUCCUAGAAUUUUAUUGA